AUGAAGCUUCCAACCACCGCUACCACUGCUGCUACACCCGACUGCAAUGAGUCACCACUGAAGAGCCGUGAUAUCUUUGUGGAGAGGGACUUGAACAGUGGAGAAAUUAUCGUUCCGGACACUCCACCAUCAUCCACAUCUCAUCCGGAGUGGGCACCGAGGCGUGUACCGCUCACCAUGAUCUCCAACAAGCAGCAGCAACAGGGGAAGAGAAAGCUGCGCUUUCUGGAUGAGGAGGAUGAGGAGACCAUUUUUGUACCCUCAAAAAAACAACAUCCAUAUGAAGGUGAGAACUCCUUACUCACCCCACUGCUGCAACAAGCAGCUCAAGAGGAGGAGGAGGUGUUCGACUUCAUUGGGCUUAUAAAUAAGCCCACACCCAAAACAUGGAUUCCCCUGAGGGAAUUAGAGGAACACCUCCCUCACCCAAUCCUCUCAGCAAGAGAAGAAACGAAUAGACAUGGGUGUAGAAUAUUACUAAAAAUGGGCAAGGCCUCAACAAAAAUUGAAUGUGAAAUAUAUAUACUGCAAAGAUUUGCAGUGAUCAUCCCUUCCACAAAAAUUGAAAAAUUCAAUUAA